CCAGAAAAGAAAAUGGCAGAGUCGGGACAUGUGGUCGUUUUCCGCUACAAUUUAUCAUGUAUCGCGAACUUAUAAUUAAUCACGUUUUUAUACCACAAUUGUUAUUUAAGAAAUUAGAGAUUUAUUAAUUAAAAUGUACAGAUUUUUCAAAGUGCGUAGUUUCUUAUUAGCAAAUGCAAAUGCUUCGACAAAACCGGCUUACAUGCAGACUUCUUCGUACUUGUGUUCUUUUUGCAAAUUUUAUCAUUCACAAAUUUCAAACUCUGCUUAUCAACAAGUGAAACAUCACUCAACUACAAUAAAUACAGCACCAAUAAGUCAACAGGUUGAAAAAAAAUCGAAACGUAGAGGCGUAAAAUAUGUUGAGCUUCUGGAAGUUACGGAUUCUGAGGCGAACGACAGAAAAACAGCUGUGAAAAAAGCAAAUUAUUCUAAUUUGUCCAUGUUCGUGCUUGAAAAAAGGGAGAAAAUUCUUAAAGAAAUUGAGUUGGCAAAGAAAAAGAAAAAGAAUGAUAGGGAAGAAAUUUCUUCAGAAGUUUCACGUAGAAAAGAAAAUCCUUUAGAAGUUUCAGCUAGAAAAGAAGAUCCUUUAAAAGCUUCACAUGAAAGUGCGAUGAGUAAAGAACUAAGAGCCAAAAAAUAUAAAAAAGAGAAACGGGAAAUAAUUUACAAAUUGAAUGCCUUGGCACAACAGGGCAAAUUAAAAAAUCUGUUACCCAAGAAAAAAAGACAUAUAAAUCCUUCAUCCGAAGCUUCGAAGUGUUUAGGUUCUGUGGAGAACUUGGAUUCGGAUUCUCUAGAACUGGCUAAGGAAUCUUCUGUAGUAGAAGAAGAAGAGGAAGACGAGGAACUUGAUUUUGAUCCAAGAGAACCCAAAACUUUCGUUUUCAGAAAAAAGAAGCGUGCUAAGCAGUCGAAUUCACAAUUUCAACACGACGAAACUUUGAAGCCACUGCUGGAAGCAUGGAAAAAAGAGCAGCAGUGUCAAUAUAUCCUUUCCUAUUUCGACGCUUAUUCAAAAUCUGGAAAGCUAAAUGAAGCUCUCGAAACAUUGUUUCUUUUCCGCGAGAGAGGUUACUUUUAUAUGAAAACCAUAAUGCGGAACAUUUUAUUGUACAAUUUUUUUCUCAAGGAAUGUGCAGCCAGAGCAGAUUUGAAAAAUGUGAAAACUUUGACCAAGUUUAUAAUCAAGGACUCUGUGAAAAUGGUGCCUGAAACUUUUGCAUACAUUUUCGAAUGCGCCGCUCGUACCGAAGAUCCUUCGAAGGAAAUAGAUUUUUUGUCGAAAAUGAGGAAUCAAAUGAAAAAAGAAGAAAUCAGUUUCAACGACAUUCUGACAAAGCCAACCUUUGUUGCUGAUCAGAAGGAAAAUGUUUUGAGAUCCGUACGGCUCCUUGAGCCGAAUUUCGAGCCGGUUUUCGAAAAACCUGAUUUAGGCUACAAUUGUCGAUUGCUGGAAAACAUAUUUGAGAAUCGAGUGCCCGAAAGUCCGGCGAAGGGACUUUUAAGUCAUUCCGAUUUGGAGGAGAGAAGGCGGAGGCAGUUUGAAAUUGAAGUUAAAGGUCAAGUUGAUAUUAAAAGCGUCGCGAUGAGAGAAGAGCCGAAUACGGAAAUUUUAAAUGCGAGGCAAAAGGUGAAGGAAUUGGAGGAAACGUGGAGAAAGGAUGCUUGUCAGGCUUUCGAGAGAAACUACGAGGCGUUGAAAAUUCGAGAAAGGGGACUUUUGACGACACAUUUGCAUCCUUUUCUCUCUGUUUUGGACAAGGAAGAAUAUGUUGAGGCGAUUAUGAGAGAAAUCAAGAGGCUCGGGGAAACUGCUGAGGCAUUUAGUCCUCCUGUAAAUUAUCUGUCGAAGGAACUGGGCCAGAAUAUUUUUCUAAAAUAUGAGGCUAGAGUUAAAAAAAACGAUGGUCUAAUUGACAAAACUUUGGAGUCUUAUGGCGAGUAUUGUAAAUGGUAUCUUGAGGGAGGAAAUGAAGAAAAUGGACGAAUCAAGUGGCAACUUUUGGAAGAUGAGAUGAGGCAAAAGGGAAAUACGCUAAAUUUAAAAAUCGUGGAAUGGCCCGCACAUGUUAUGAAAAAUGUCGGGAGGUUUUUAUAUGAUAUAAUCAUAAAGGAUUUAAAAAUGAACGUCAGCGUCACGAAAGGAAGGGAAAUCUUCGUUCCAGCUUUUUAUGUUGUCUUUCGUCAUAAAUUCAAGUUUCUGAAGGAAGAGAUAAAACCACAUCCAGGAUUGACUAAAUUGUACAGAGACUCUCAGCCUGAAUUUUUAAGAUUUGAUGCCAAUUUAGUUCCUUCUUUAAGUCCACCAAAGCCGUGGAGUUCUGCUCAACAUGGUGGAUAUUUAAUCACAAAAUCUAGUCUUAUCAGGGUUCCGACUGGAGCUGUUCAACAAACGAAGAGACUUAACGAAAUCCCUUCAAAGAACAUUUUCCCAGCCUUGGAUUGCUUAAACCAAUUAGGAACGAUUCCUUGGAGAGUGAAUAUCUCGAUUCUCGACGUGGCCCUUAAAGUUUUCCAAGACGGUGGUUCCACAAAAUUAAAUGUACCGCAGCCACCUUCGGUUUUACCUGCAGCGCCUUUGUUGACCGAAGAUUCAACAGAGGAGGAAAGAAUCAGCAUUUCUCAGACUAGAAUGGCAUUGAAGAGAAGGAAAAAUGAAAUGUAUUCCUUGUGGUGUGACGCUUUGUACAAAUUAUCACUCGCAAAUCACUACAAAGACGAAAUCUUCUGGCUGCCACACAAUAUGGAUUUCAGAGGUCGAGUUUAUCCAAUUCCACCACAUUUGAGUCAAAUGGGUUCGGAUUUUGCCCGCUCGAUGCUUAUUUUUGCUCAGAAAAAGCCCUUGGGGCCAAAGGGCCUCGAUUGGCUGAAAAUUCAUGUGAUUAACUUGACUGGCUUCAAGAAAAAAGAGCCGAUACCAAAACGAUUGGAAUAUGCGAACGAAAUUCUCGAUGAUAUAAUCGACAGUGCAGAAAAGCCUUUGACGGGAAAAAUGUGGUGGUCGACUUCUGACGAACCUUGGCAAACCUUGGCAGCUUGUAUGGAAAUUUCGAAGGCCAUAAAAUCUCCAAAUCCGGCGGAAUAUAUGACCGGAUUUCCGGUUCAUCAAGACGGAAGUUGUAAUGGGCUGCAACAUUACGCGGCACUUGGACGCGAUCAAAUCGGAGCCGAGAGUGUUAAUUUAUACCCGUUUGAUAAACCUCACGAUGUUUACAGCGAUGUUGUUGUUCUUGUAGAGAAGACUCGAAAAUCCGAUGCGGAAGAUGGAGUCGAAAUCGCCCAAGUUUUGGAAGGUUAUAUUCAAAGGAAGGUCAUUAAACAAACGAUCAUGACCACCGUCUACGGAGUGACGAAAUUCGGUGCCAAACUUCAAAUUGCAAAGCAGUUGAAAGACAUUGAAGGCUUUCCUGAUGACAAAAUCUGGCCAGCGAGUGGAUAUCUGGUUCAAAAAACUUUCGAAAGUUUGAGAUCGAUGUUCACGAGUGCGAAGGAAAUUCAGGAUUGGUUCACAGAGUGCGCGAAGGUCAUUUGUGGUGUCAGAGGAAAAAGUGUUGAGUGGGUGACACCUUUGGGUUUACCGAUCAUUCAACCUUACACGAAACCACAAUCUACCGGUGGUUAUUAUCAUCCAGCGAUGGAUACUUUCGAGCGGCCGCACGCUACGAAACAGAAAAACGCCUUCCCGCCGAAUUUCGUUCAUUCCUUGGAUUCAACUCACAUGAUGCUAACAAGUUUGCAGUGUGAGCAGGCUGGUAUCACAUUUAUGUCGGUUCACGAUUGUUUCUGGACGCAUCCCUGCACCGUCGGAACGAUGAAUAAUAUUUGUCGAAAGCAGUUCAUCGCUCUACAUUCGGAACCGAUUCUCGAAAAUCUGUCUAAAUACUUGCUGGAUCAUUACGCCUUUUCCAAGGAGGAACUGGACAAAACCGAAAAUGUGAAAUUCUUGGAAAUGCGUGAAAAUAUGAACAAAGUCUUGGCUCGUGUGCCGGCAAAGGGCACUUUUGACCUCGAAAAGGUCCAGCACUCAACUUAUUUUUUCAGUUAGUGUCUCGCUCUUUUCACUGAAGUACUGUAAAUAUAUAAAAAAAUAAUAAUUCGUACUAGUUUAAUAGAAAUGUAAGAUAAAAUAAUAAAUAAAAUACGAUA